AUGGUGUCCUCUCUGGUUGCAGAUGUGAGGGAGAUGGUGAGUGAAAAGGAAUCUGGAAGGAUAGUUGUGGAAAAAGACUCUGAUCGGCAGACGGAAGGAAAAUCUACGGAUCAAGCAGUUCCAAAGCGAGACACGAGAAGGAGAAGGAAAAGGAAAGCACUACGGAAGACAUAUGAAUGCUUGGAGUGUGGAAAGCGCUUCUCUCAGAAUAGCAACCUUACUGCACAUCAGAAGAUUCACACAGGGGAGAAGCCGUAUAAAUGCUUGGAGUGUGGAAAGUGCUUCUCUCGGAAUGACAACCGAAGUAGACAUCACAAGAUUCACACAGGGGAGAAGCCAUAUAAAUGCUUGAAGUGUGGAAAGUGCUUCUCUCAGAAUGGCACCCUAACUGCACAUCAAAGGGUUCACAUAGGGGAGAAGUCAUAUAAAUGCUUGAAGUGUGGAAAGUGCUUCUCUCAGAAUGGCACCCUAAAUGCACAUCAAAGGAUUCACACAGGGGAGAAGCCAUAUAAAUGCUUGGAGUGUGGAAAGUGCUUCUCUACAAAUGGCAAGCUUAGUGCACAUCAGAAGCUCCACAUAGGGGAGAAGCCAUAUAAAUGCUUGGAGUGUGGAAAGUGCUUCUCUACAAAUGGCAAGCUUAGUGCACAUCAGACGCUCCACAUAGGGGAGAAGCCAUAUAAAUGCUUGGAGUGUGGAAAGUGCUUCACUUGGAAUGGCUCCCUAACUCAACAUCAGAAGAUUCACACAGGGGAGAAGCCAUAUAAAUGCUCGGAGUGUGGAAAGUGCUUCACUUGGAAUGGCUCCCUAACUCAACAUCAGAAGGUUCACACAGGGGAGAAGCCAUAUAAAUGCUUUGAGUGUGGAAAGUGCUUCACUUGCAAUGGCUCCCUAACUAGACAUCACAAGGUUCACACAGGGGAGAAGACAUAUAAAUGCAUGGAGUGUGGAAAGUGCUUCUCUCAGAUUUGCACCCUAACUAAACAUGAAAAGAUUCACACAGGGGAGAAGCCAUAUAAAUGCUUUGAGUGUGGAAAGUGCUUCACUUGCAAUGGCUCCCUAACUAGACAUCAUAAGAUUCACACAGGGGAGAAGCCAUAUAAAUGCUCGGAGUGUGGAAAGUGCUUCACUUGCAAUGGCUCCCUAACUAGACAUCAUAAGGUUCACACAGGGGAGAAGCCAUAUAAAUGCUCGGAGUGUGGAAAGUGCUUCUCUUGGACUGACUACCUAACUAGACAUCACAAGAUUCACACAGGGGAGAAGCCAUAUAAAUGCAUGGAGUGUGGAAAGUGCUUCUCUUACAAUAACGACCUAACUAGACAUCACAAGAAUCACACAGGGGAGAAGCCAUAUAAAUGCUCGGACUGUGGAAAGUGCUUCACUUGCAAUGGCUCCCUAACUAAACAUCAGAAGAUUCACACAGGGGAGAAGCCAUAUAAAUGCUUGGACUGUGGAAAGUGCUUCUCUGCAAAUGGCAACCUUAGUGCACAUCAAAAGAUUCACACAGGGGAGAAGCCAUAUAAAUGCUCGGAGUGUGGAAAGUGCUUCACUUGGAAUUGCUCCCUAACUCAACAUCAGAAGAUUCACAUGGGAGAAGCCAUAUAA